GGCGCUGACGUCCAUUCACUGAAGCUCACUGUACGGCGUCUGCAGUCCCAACAUGCACACACCUACGACACCCAUCUCAGCUUCAGUCACCCACCCGCAUGUAUGUGUACUUACACUAUACCGCCAAAAAUGGCAGUUGUGUCGAAGUCACCAAUGAGUUGCCCAGAGAGAAAAAACUCUGUCGGCAGGUGUAUGCGUGUGUGUGUGCGUGUGUGUGUGUGUGUUCCCCUUCCAGCCUCCCCGCCCCUGCCUCCUACCCUAUACAUCAGCAGGCGGCCAGACAGAUGGACACAACACACGGCACAGACAGCCAAAACCAUUGCCAUGGAUUGGAUGCACGCAGAAAAGAGAAAAGGAGAAGCGGAGCAAUCUAGCCAGCUAUGUGUGUUACGCAGCAGUGGCCAUGAGCGACACGACCUGUCUCCUUCUCUGUGCCCAGAAGUUGACGAAUCGCUCCACAGACAGGUUCCAGCCCAUGUCAUGCAUACAGAAGAGCAGCACCUCCUCGAACCGCUCGUAGAUGGCGAAGCAGUUGGAGUCAAAGAUCGCCAGCAGCAGCGUCGACCUGACACACACCGCACAGGCACCCGAAAUGGGAUGAAUGAGUCUUUCUGUCGGCGUGGUUCGUUUUGCGCCUACCACUCCCACACCCAGCAGCACUCCCACAGACCCACCCACGGCCACAAAUACACCAACACACGCUCCAGCAGGUCCCAACUGCCGUACCACAAGAUGCCGUGACAGAGGACGCGGAAGCCCAGCAGGCAGAAGCACGCGCUCAAUGGGUCGUGGGGGACGAAAAACCGCCAGCACGCCACAGAGAAGCGGACAGCCGGGUGCUUCUGCCAUGGUGCGGGGUUGCCCGUCUUAUCCUUGCCCUUGCCCUCAUCGGCCGCAACAGCAGGGGUGUGUAGUGCCGCUCCGAGGACUUGUAUGCGUCCGCCGUGCUCAUGGUCCACGUGCGGCUGCUCCUCAUCGUUGUGUUGCCUUAGGUGGCGCCUCAGGGGCUGCCGAUCCAGAUAUUGGUUGAUGUGGAACUGGUCGCCGCGCAGACCCAUCCGCACAAUCCACACCAUCUGCAUCCAUGGCAGAACCAUACACGCAUGGAUCGAUGGCACGAGUGAUGUCAGCCAUCGUGUGUCGGACUGACCUCAGCAGCGAUGAGGAGGGCGACGGGGUAAAACUCAAACAAGGCAUGCAGCAGGCAGUCGUCCUGCCGGUGCUUCGGGUCUGACGGGGUGCUCAGCUGCGGCAAUGUCGGCGCAAAUGUGGGAGGGAUCAGACACACGUCCACUACGGAGGGAAAGAGACAAUCACACGUACAUGAGGGUUGCACGACGACCUCAGUGCUGUGUCCAUCUUACAGUCGGGUAUAGGCCAGUCCAGGAAGCGUUGCAGCACGUGAUUUCUCGCCAUUGUCAACAGCCGUGGAAACAUCCUGAACACACAAGAACAAGGAACAAGAAGUCCCUGCGGUCGACAAGAAGCCAGCAAGGUACCGUGGGAUGGACAGCAGGCAGAGCAAAAGCUCCCGAAGCAGAAACCCGAUCAUGACGGUGGGUGGAAGCCUGCGACGAAUCACGCAAACACGGGGUUGUCAUCCUUUUGGUCUUUCUUUCAUUUCUUUCGUCACCUACCUUUCUGGACGACGUAACAGUCGACGUUGAAGGCAGCCCACGGCGUGGCAAUGAGCUGAAAGGAGCUUCCACCAAUCGGCCUCCGCAGAGCAAUGAUCAAUGAGCGGAAAGCAUGAGAACACAACACGCAAUGUGUCAAGACUCAGGUGAUGAGCAGUACGCCUCUUAUCUUGGCUUUGGCGUUCACUCCUCCCUUCAGUGCGCGCUUGAAGGCGAGCUUCGGUGUAAACCGCUUUUUCCCAUCCCAGGACUGACGCCGCGCUCUCCCAGUGUGGAGCAGCUUGGAAGAUGUCGGGCAGCAGCAUCUGGAUUAGCAGCAGCAGUAGAGCUGGAGGGGAUGCCGCCAUCGUCGGCACGGAUCAGGCGCAGCCGUCCCCUGGCCAGCCGUGCC